AUGAAGAUCACGUCUCUCCUCUCGUCCCUCCUGCUCGUGCCUUUCGUGGCAGCCCACGGUGACCAUGAUAUCGAGCACGAGAUGGCCGUCCGCCGAGCCUUCCUCGAGAACAACAAAGCUGAUCUGAGCCACUGCGCGGACAAGUUGAAGAAGCGGGGCCACGAUAAGCGCGCUAUCCAGCGCCGCAGCGAGAUCACCCACAAGUUGCGCAAGAGGUCCAACAUCAAGGGUGUGUUUCACCCUCGUCUCUCCCCACCGGCCACCGGAGAUGAUGCGACAUGGAACAAGUCCCACCACUCUGACGAGGAUUACACCUUUGAGACUGAUACCUCGAUUGUCUUCUCCGGAAACCGAUCUUGCAUCCUCAACCCCGAGGUUACCGAGGGCCCUUUCUACGUUGCGGGUGGACUCGUACGACAGAACAUUGUGGACGAGGAACCCGGUAUCCCCCUCGGCGUUGAUAUCCAACUUAUCGAUGUCGAGACCUGUGACCCUAUCGAAGGCGCCUACCUCGAGAUCUGGCACUGCAACGCCACCGGUGUGUACAGCGGCGUCCUAUCCGCCAUGAACGGCGUGGGCGAGGCCGACCCCACCAACCUCGACAACACCUUCCACCGCGGCUACCAGCCCACCGACGAGGACGGCGCCGCCCAGUUCGAGACCAACUUCCCCGGCCACUACCAGGGCCGCGCCACCCACAUCCACCUGAUGGUCCACCUCGACCCCGAGGUUCGCGAAAACAACACCAUUGUCGAUCUCAACGUCGCCCACGUGGGACAAAUGUACUUCGACGACGACCUCAUCGCCGACGUCGAAAAGUUUGAGCCCUACGCCAGCAACCAGAUGCAGCUUACCCUCAACGCCAACGACUUCAUCCUCGCUCAGGAGGCCGCCGUCACCGACCCCUUGGCCGAGUACGUGCUCCUCGGCGACAGCGUCGAGGACGGCGUCUUCGCCUGGUACAGCUUUGGCGUGAACACGAGCUACAUCCGCGAGGUGUCCGCCGCCGCUACUCUCUACAAGGAGGGUGGCCAGGCUAACCCCAACGGCGGGUUUGGUGGCGGGUUCCCCGGUGGUCCCGGUGGUCCUGGCGGUCCUGGUGGUCCCGGCGCCUUCCCUACUUGCUUGCCCAGCGGCGGUUUCCCAGGUUUCCCCGGCGGUGCUGAGCCCCCUGCGGGAUUCCCCGUGCUCCCCGCCUGUGAAGAGACCGCCGCGCCCACAGAGGGUGAGGCCCCGGCUGAGACUGAUGCUCCCGCUGAAGAGCCCGCGCCAGAGGAUCCGGUGGAGGAGGAUGACGAGUAA